UUCUCCUCCUCCUGAUACUGCUAAGAGGAGGAGGGCCAUGAUGAUGGGGCUAGGAGGCCAGGCCUGGCAGUCGGGAAAUAGGCGGGGUCCAGGAGGAGAGAAAGAUGGCAGAGACAGAGAUUCAGCGGCUGUUGGGUGUGGGGCUGGUUGUGAACAUCUUUCCACCAUAGAAAAAGAUACCAAUGGAGAUGCUUUGUGGGUUUGGUGUUACCCUUCUACGACAAUUGAAUUAAGAGAUCUCUUGUUGAGAAAAUGCUGCCUUACAGAUGAAAGCAAACAGCUUCACACCUUCAUAUUUGGUCAGUACAGAAUGACAUGGUUUUACAUUACAACCAUGGACGUUCAAGACUCUUCAGCUUUACAAAAGGUGACACAUUUUUCCAUUGUCUUGACUACUAAAGACUUUAACCCAGAGAAAUAUGCAGCCUUCACUCGGAUCCUCUGUAGAAUAUACCUAAAAUAUGGGAGUCCUGUGAAAAUGAUGGAGAGUUAUAUUUCUGUCCUGACAAAAGGAAUCUGCCAGAGUGAAGAAAAUGGUUCUUUCCUAAGCAAAGAUUUUGAUGUCCGAAAAGCUUACCUUGCAGGUUCAAUCAAAGAUAUAAUUUCUCAAUUUGGAAUGGAAACAGUCAUCCUGUAUACUGCAGUUAUGUUAAAGAAAAAAAUUGUAGUGUAUCACCCAAGAAUAGAAGCUGUCCAGGAGUUUACAAGGACUCUACCAGCCUUGGUAUGGCAUCGGCAAGAUUGGUCAAUCCUUCAUUCUUAUGUACAUCUGAAUGAUGAUGAAGUGGAAGCAUUAAAAAUGUGUCCAGGUUACAUUGCUGGAUUUAUUGAUUCAGAAGUGAGCAACAGGCCAGAUCUCUAUGAUAUAUAUGUAAAUUUGGCUGAAAGUGAAAUUACCAUUUCACAGCAAGCAAAAGAGGCAAUGACAAUGGGGAAACUGCACAAAGAAAUUGGGCAGCUCAUUGUUCAGUCUGCAGAGGAUCCAGAUAAAUCCAACAGUCAAGUUGUUAAGGACAUUUCACUGAAAACAAAAGAAAUCUUGACAAAUCUGGCCUCCUUCACAGAGGUUCUCUGUGACGGCGAGAAGCCAUCCCUUAACUUUGAAGCACUGAAACAGAAGCGAUUUCCACCGGCAACUGAAAAUUUCCUCUACCAUUUAGCAGCUGCUGAACAAAUGCUUAAGAUCUGAUGUCUUGGACAAACCUCAGUAUAGCACUUCAAAGGAAAACUCCUCUGUGGCAUAAUAUUUUAUCCCAUAUCUGUGUAAAACAUUUAGCAGGGAAAUACCGCAUUUUUAUCUUCAUGCAAAGGGACUGAGUGACAAAGAUUCCUGCAGUGUGUAGUGGGAUGCACUUCCAUUUUUCUAGUUCUGACAUGAUUUUCUACGAGAUGCAACAGAUUUUUAAAGACAAAGGAAAGGCAAAAAUCUACUAUUCUUCCAGCAAAAGAUGUGAGGGCAUAGUUGUUUUGAGCUGCAAGUGUCUUCUGUGCAUUUUGGUGAAAUUAUAAUGGAAAAGGUUUACCAGCAUUAUUAUAUAAACAGAAUGCUUCAUAAGUGAUGCAAAAGAAAGAAAGCCAUUUAAGUUAAGAAGAAAAAGUCCUUUGUCUCGUCUAGCUGUUUAUACAACUGCCAUGAAGCCAAGGAGGUAUACACAUGACUGAAGUCCUUUGAACAUUCAACAAGUAAGUGAGAGGGUGUAUAAAAUGUGGUGGACAGAGUUGCCAAUGGAAGGGACAACUUCACCCCUUCCUGCUGCUUUUCUGCAGCUACACCUCCCCAUGUGCCACAGUAAGCAUACACCUAGAAUCUUGCAGGUUGAAUACUGAGUGGAGGCAAAGUGUGCACAAAUUCCCAUAGGCCAUUUAUCUGUGAAAACUCAGCAGUCAGGCUGGUUUUCCCAUAAAGUUGCCAUUGAAGUUUGAAUACAUGCUUGUGUAGGUUAGGGUUUUAACUCCAAACCAUAGAUACUAUAAAUCAAGGGUUUUGCAGAAGUCUGAUAACUGAAGGACCACUUCUGCAUUUUGCUAUAUAAGAUCCGUUUAUGAUUUUUGCCUUCAUACAUAUAUGCCUUAGCAUGUGACUAAAUUAGCAUGGGCUAAAUCAAGCUAUUCCCAACAAGAAUGUUGUCAGUGCAUUGAAUGAAUGGGCUUCUUAAGACAACACUUCCAUAAAUCCUAUUGAAUCAGUGGGUUUUUCAGCCCUAUAUGCUCAAUUUUUAAAAAAGCAGUUAUUCCAACCCCUAACACAUUUUGAAAUAGCAUUCAUUUAUUUAAUAAUCAUCACUGUAUUCAGUAUUAAUUUGAGAAUCAUUUGGCCUUCAUUUAUAUUAUAAAAAGGAACCUGAGUUAUAUGUUGUAAUAUAGAAGAAAUGGGCAAGAAUUGCAAAUCUAAAUUAGUCCUAGUAAGUUUGUAAGCAUGACUACUGCUCCCCUAUUUUCAGGGAUCUGUCAUUCUCUUUUGUACAAAAGUGUAUGUUGACCUAAAAAUGUCUAUAUCUAAAAGCCAACUUACUACAUUUUUUCA